CAUACGUGCGUGUGUUCUGAUUUCACUGUUCCUAACUGAAAACAUCAACUACAUUCAGCGCAAAUCGUGGCAGUAAAGUUCAGUUCUCGUGUGCAUUUUCAUCAGUUUUAUACCUGCACACUCAAAUGUAUCUUUGUCCUCAGAAUCUCGCGAUCAAGGCCAGCACAGCAAUCUGGAAAACAGACACGCUCAUCGCCCAUCUCAAGACGGAUGUGAGAAUGGAUAGGCUGUGUCAAAACAACGUGAACGAAUGAUUAAUCAAACAGUGAAUUGUGUGAGUCCAGUAAGAGAAUGUGCCACCUGGUGGUCAGAAAGGUGACGCGCUGUUUCCAUUAAACUCCUCACCAUGUGACGUAAGUCUGCCGGUUUAUGUUUUUUUGUCACUGAUGUUGAAGAGUCCACUCCUUUCUUUCAGUUCCCCGGCAAGAGCUGGGGAGACAUUAACAGCCCUGACGUCCUCGUUAGUGGCAACAUUAAAACUAAAUGUACUAUUUCCUGAGCUCAGUUGUGAGGUGAUGAGGAGUGUGCGGAGACUGAUGAACGAGUCUCUAUAUCAACUGUGUGACAACUAUCUACACAACACAUCAACCACACCGACGGAGAGAUGCAGAUGUAACAAUGCUUCUGCUGUACUAGACUCUACCUGCAAUUUGAGGAUUGUAAUGUGAGUCCAGGUGCAGUCCCGUCAUUUUAUGCUGGUGGACAGGAGCGAGAUGCUUCACUCGGCUGCCAUGACAACAGGACUUAUCUUUGUUAGCUGGCUCUUGUAUACGAGCGCAUGGGGCAAUCCCAUUGUGUCGGUGCCAGAGGGUGGGGAGAAAGAGCGCUUGGAGCGCGUUCUGACCCAGGCAAAGGAGGGUGCAAUUAGCCCUGGUGCAAAACAGCGUCUGGAGGAGCUGAAUAAUCUUGAACUAGAGGGGAUCAAGGGUGGGAACAAAUCCAGUUCUAGCAGGACCAGACCCAACUUGAGUUCAUUGAGACGAGGGUCCAAACUUCAAGGCAAGACCCUCGAAGCCUGGGGUGAGCAAGAAUCACUCAAGCAAACCGAAGAGGUACCAACGGAAGAGGCCAAUAUCUCUCUGGAUGUGAUCGAUGAGUAUGCAUACCCCGAUUAUAGGGGGAAAGGCUGCAUGGACGAAACGGGGUUUGUGUUUGCCAUUGGGGAAAAAUUCACCCCGGGACCCUCCACCUGCCCAUGCUUGUGCACAGAUGAGGGUCCUCUGUGCGCCCAGCCAGAGUGUCCAAAACUUCACCCUCGUUGCCUGCGUGUCGACACCAGCCAGUGCUGCCCGCAGUGCAAAGAGAAAAAAAACUACUGUGAAUUUCGAGGAAAAAUCUACUCAUCUCUGGAGGAGUUUAAGGUGUCUCCAUGUGAGAAGUGCCGUUGUGAACCCAGUGGAGAGGUUCUGUGUUCAGUGUCAGCUUGCCCACAGACCGAGUGUGUUGAUCCGAAAUAUGAGCCUGACCAGUGCUGCCCAGUGUGUAAGAGCGGGCCAAACUGCUACGCGGACACAGCGGUGAUCCCGGCCGGCCGAGAGGUUAAGAUCGACGAAUGUACCAUCUGCUACUGCACGUACGAGGAGGGCACCUGGCAUAUCGAGCGGCAGGCCACCUGCAGCAAGAACGAGUGCCAGCCGAGCUAAUGCUCGAGACCCUCAGCCAUUACCCGGACAGCUGCGGAGAUCUGGAUCACCCGUCCCAGCUGUAGUCCGUAUGGGCUCAGCACAGCAGCCCUGAGCCUCACACGCAGCCAAGACACCGGCAUCGUGUGCCGAUACAUCCGUCGGUCAUUUGUGACCGGUCAUGACUAUGAACUCAGAGUGUCCUGUAGCAUGCAGCGGAUGGGCCUAUUAACCUGGGAACAAAUCCAAGGGCCAGAGUGCGAAGCACUACUUUGCUCUCGCUACCACGGAGCCUCUGAGUUGGCAUCGAGUCAUGACGAGUGAUGAGAUUCAUCCGUUAGAGUUACAUGUAUAGUCUUAGGAGGCAUGGGGUCGGAUUCAACUAUAUUAAUACUUCAAGUUUAUAUUGAGAUUUAUAACCCAUAUAAAGGAUAUUUAUUUAUGUAUGUGCUGGUUUAACGAUUAUGAUUGGAUUCAGAUAUCUGAUUUACAGUGAAAUGAUAUUUUUUAUAGCCACUGUAUUUUGAUAUGCUGUAACGUUUUAAUACCGGAUCAGCUUCAAUCGGUCUUAUUAGAAUGUAUAAUGCACCUACAGCUGUCAAUGUGUCUGGAGGAAAGGCUUCGUCAAAGACUGUCAGGAGUGACACGUAACAUCUAACACAACGUCAGGAUAGUCAGCAGAGCAGAAUGGAUUCGGUCUCCAUUCAAGGAAAUCAAAAACGGAAAAAAAGCUGCUUGCAGAUGUUUGCAUUUAUGUUAAGUCUCUAUUGUACUCUUAUCUGAAGUCCGUUUUGCUAAGACGUGUUUCUAUGUGUACGUGUUUUCAUGUUUCAAAUAAAUCAUUACACUGUGCACUCUUGUUUG